AUGACCUUAAAUGAAAUACGCUCCAAUGGUUUUUGGAUACUCGGAGGUUCAUCGAUAGUCACCAACUUGAUUUCGUCUUGCGUCAAGUGCCAGAAACUCCGCGGUUCAGUUCAAGAGCAAAGAAUGUCAGAUCUACCUGAGGACUGCCUUGAAUCCACACCACCUUUCACCUAUUGCGCUGUGGAUUACUUUGGGCCCUUCAUUGUUAAAAAUGGUCGUACAGAGUUGAAACGCUAUGGUGUCCUCUUUACCUGCUUGGCGUCGAGAGCUAUACACCUCGAGAUCGCUAACUCGCUCGAGACGGACUCCUUCAUCAAUGCCUUGAGGAGAUUCAUUAGUCGCCGUGGUCCCAUCCACCAGCUAAGGAGUGACCAGGGUACAAACUUCGUUGGAGCUCAUAAAGAACUUACCCAAGCGCUAGCUGAGAUGGACCAAGAGAAGUUAAAAACGACUCUACUAGAAGAACAGUACGAUUGGUUUUCCUUCAAGAUGAACGUCCCAGCAGCGAGCCACAUGGGAGGAGCUUGGGAGCGCCAAAUUAGAUCCGUGCGUAACGUUCUCUCGUCACUAUUCCAGGAUAACUGGAAACAGCUGGACGAUGAGUCUCUUAGAACCUUGAUGUGUGAAGCCGAAGCAAUAGUCAAUAGUCGCCCCUUGACAGUGACCCAACUUGCUGAUCCAGAUUUGCCAAGUCCUUUAACCCCUAACCAUCUCCUGACGAUGAAGUCAAAGCUUGUUUUUGCUCUGCCAGGCGCGUUCCAGCCAUCAGAUGUUUAUUGCAGGAAGCGCUGGAGGCGAGUCCAACACCUGGCGAACGAGUUCUGUACUCGCUGGAGAAAGGAAUUUCUUCUCAGUCUCCAGUAUCGGCAGAAGUGGACACGCAAUCGGAGAAAUUUACAAGUUGAUGACAUCGUCAUGAUCAAAGACGAGAAUCUCCCUCGGAGCGCAUGGCAACUUGCUCGUGUUUCAACUGUUUACCCUAGCCCUGAUGGCCAAGUCCGUAAAGUCCAAAUAGCUCUUGCGGAUAGCUGUUUGGAUAAACGAGGCAAGAGGAUUGGCUCAGUGCGGUAUCUCGAGAGACCAAUCCAGAAGUUAGUGUUGUUGAUGCAAGCGCCAAGGGACAAGAACCGGAGUAAUUCCCGGCCGAGGAGCCUUGACAGGAAAUGA